GAUUCAUUGUGAGAUAUUAGAGUAGUUUAAGCUACACAUGACCUGGUCAUUUCUCGUCUACAUUUCCUAUAGCUGGAAAAAGCCACAGUAAAAGAUUUUUUUAUACCAUCGAUAUAAUGGCUGGCGUGUGGUUGCUCCUGAGUCUCUUUGUCUUUGGUUCAGCUGAAGCUGGGAAACUGUUGGUUAUUCCAUCAGAUGGCAGUCACUGGUUAGGGAUGAAGCCUAUUGUGGAGGAGCUGGGGAGGAGAGGAAACCAGGUGGUAGUCGUUGUUCCAGAGGCAAGUCUGAGUAUGGGUCCUUCAGAGCAUACCACCACUCUGACAUAUCCAGUGAACUACACCAAGGCUGAAUUAGAAGCGAACUUAGCAGAUCAGUUAAACACAAUUCUGAGCAUUGAUGUCUCUACAGACCUGGCCAAGUUUCAGUCAUUCAUCAUCUCAUUGGAUAUUCUGCAAACAUAUUUAUUGAGGAACGCAGAUGGUCUGCUCUUCAACAAGGAUUUGAUGAAAAAACUGCAAGAUUACAACUUUGAUGCAGUUCUCACAGAUCCAUUUGAGCCCAUUGGAGCAAUAGCUGGUGAAUAUCUCUCAAUUCCAGCUAUUUAUAUGCAAAUAAACCUUCCUUGUGGUGUCGAUACUCUUGCCAGUCAAUGUCCAGUUCCAGCUUCUUAUGCUCCACAACCUUUUACUCACUUUACUGACCACAUGAAUCUUUGGCAAAGAAGUGUGAACCUGGUCAGAGCUCUGCUGAAGCCCAUGGCUUGUAGACGUUUGUUUACUCUUGCUGAUGAGAUUGCCUCACGGGUACUGCAUAGAAAAACAUCAACAGUGGAGAUACUGAGUCAUGCAGCUCUCUGGUUUAUGCGUUUUGAUUUUGCCUUUGAAUUUCCACGGCCACUGAUGCCCAACAUGGUCAUGAUUGGAGGAAUGGCAACCAAGAAGCCAAAAUCAUUGUCACAAGAGCUGGAAGAGUUUGUGAAUGGUUCUGGAGAGCAUGGGUUUGUGGUCUUCACUCUGGGCUCCUUGGUGCCACAGUUACCCGAGGCCAAAGCCAGAGAAAUUUUUGAGGCAUUUAGGCAGAUACCUCAGAGGGUGCUAUGGAGGUACACUGGACCAGUCCCUGAAAAUGCUCCAAAGAAUGUCAAACUGAUGAAGUGGCUUCCACAAAAUGAUCUCUUGGGCCAUCCUAAGGUUAAGGCUUUUAUUACACAUGGUGGAUCACAUGGAAUCUAUGAAGGAAUCUUUAAUGGGGUGCCAAUGGUGAUGCUUCCUCUGUUUGGAGACCAAGGGGAUAAUGUUCAGCGCUUAGUAUCUCGAGGAGUUGCAGAAACCCUGAGUAUCUAUGAUCUGACCUCAGAAAAACUGCUGGUUGCACUGAGAAAGGUCAUCAAUGACAAAAGCUAUAAGGAGAAGAUGACAGAGCUUUCAGCUAUUCACAGAGACCGUCCCAUUGAGCCUCUGGACCUGGCUGUGUUCUGGACUGAGUUUGUUAUGAGACACAAAGGGGCAGCACAUCUCAGACCUGCAGCCCACGAGCUGAACUGGAUUCAGUAUCAUUCUCUGGACGUCAUUGGCUUUCUCAUUCUCAUUCUAGUGACUGUUAUUUUUGUGACUGUCAAAAGCUGCAUGUUCUGUUUCAAGAAGUGCUUCAAGAAAACUCAGAAAAAGAAGAAGGAGUAGAUGCAUUAAGUCAAUGUUUGUCCUUUUUUGUGGGAUGAUCAUGUAUAGACUUGGUUAAUCUGUGAUUUUAUCCCUUUAAUCCCUCCUGAAUCCUGAAUCAAUGACUUCAAUAAGGCCUCACAAAACCUACUGAGUGUGCCAGGAAUCACAUAUUUUUCUGCACUAGCCCAGGUUUUUGUCAGAUCUGGCUAUGUUAUUUAAUAUGAUGUUUCCUCAUUUCCUCGUUCCUCCGUCCCACACCCCAUGACCCAGAUAUUGAUCAAAGUUAGCCAUCUUGAAAGACAUCUCAGUUCUCUAAUUACACUGCAAGGAGGUGAGGAACAAGGAGUAAGGACGUUUUCAGAGCAGCUAUGAGCAAAGAUACACAGGUGUAUCCUAUGUCGAAAUGUUUCUUGUCAAAAAAACUGACAGGUUUAAAUUCUCCUCCCUCUUCACAUUUUUCACAAUAAUUAUGUUUUACCAUUGCGGUUUAAAUAAACAAUAUAUCUCAUAUUUUA